UGGGACUACCAUGAGUCCCGCAGGCUGUCCCCAUGUCAACAGCUUCAAGGUGGACAACUGGAAGCAGAACCUGAGGGUCAUUUAUCAGUGUUUCGUGUGGAGCGGUUCGGCAGAGACCAGAAAACGCAAGCAUCACUUUGUGUAUGGAGCCAAUCUCAGGACCUAAGCUGAUAUUCUCCUCUUGGUGACUGUAGCAGGGACGCAGAGCAGAAAGAUAAACGUUCCCCUUCCCUCACCUUGACAAUUCAAAAGGCAACACUCGAGCUUCGUGGCAGAACCAGCACUGCUUCUCUUCUAAGUCCUGUUAACGCCGUGUUCUGUCAGCCUGCAGCGCGGCGGCCGCCUCCACUCGGUGCAGCGGCACGAAACAGAAUCAUUGUGAAGCUGUAGAGGCAAAGCUGGCGGUCAAAAGACAGAAGGUCAACGAAAUAUUUCACAUUGGCUCAGUGCACUGCUGUCACGAGCAGCUGUUGCAUGUAAAUAUGAUUUACAGAUCUGAAGUGAAUCACCUGUAGUCAUGUGUUGUGAUCUUCCUUCCCAUUACUCCACACUUAUUUCCCAGGACUUCACAGUAAUUGGUAUAAAGUGCUGCAGGGAUGACGUAUUUCUGUAGGCCAACCCUUUUUACAUUGGAUUUUGGAUUAUUGCAGGAAAUAAUCUUCACAGAUGAUGUAUAGAGUCAUAUACCAUAACCUACUUAGCUUAUGGUAUAAAUGAACUACACCACAAGUGUUCUCUUAAGCUUGUGUUAACUACCUUAGCAUCUAACCAGAAGCCACUCAAAGUUCACCUCCGCUGUCUCGACACUUCCUCUGCAGGCCUUGACCUUCAAUGCAAGUUGCUUUUGGCUCACAGUGAAAAUGUCCUCACACACACUUCUGACCAGGACCUUUCCGGCCCAUUGCUUCCUACUGCUCUCCUCACGUAGCAUCCUGCAGGCAGAUGGCUCGUCACUGACAUCGCAGCGCUCGCAGAAAUGUGACAUGGACCGACCUCGGGAUGUCACAAAGGCCUUAUUGAGCGCGUUGCCUCUCAGCACAUGUACAACCACUGCAUACCCACAACUCCUGGCUGUAAGGAUGUGUUGACUGACGGGCAGCAUCUACUGUAUGUCCAUGCUUAGGCUGGCAUGCCAAGCAUGUGCUCAAAUAAUCAGCACCAGAGAUCCAAAUACAAUACAGAUACAGAGAUCUGACUUGAAUGUGAACAUGUGCACAUCUGCUUUCCUGCUGAGAGUUCAAUGAGAAGAUUGCAAGCCAAGUCCUGUAUCUGCCACAUGUGUGGCGCCCACCUCAACAGACUCCACUCCUGCCUCUACUGCGUCUUCUUCGCCUGCUUUGCCAAAAAACACAUCCACGAACACGCCAAGAGCAAAAGGCAUAACCUAGCGAUCGACCUUCUGUACGGAGGAAUUUACUGCUUCAUGUGCCAAGACUACAUUUAUGACAAAGACAUGGAACAGAUCGCCAAAGAGGAGCAGAGGAAAGCCUGGAAGAUGCAAGGUAUAGGGGAGAAGUACUCAACGUGGGAGCCAACCAAGAGGGAGCUGGAGCUGCUCCGCCACAACCCCAAGAGGAGGAGAAUCACCUCCAACUGUACUAUUGGCCUGCGAGGUCUGAUAAACCUGGGCAACACGUGCUUCAUGAACUGCAUCGUCCAGGCGCUGACGCACACGCCGCUGCUGCGUGACUUCUUCCUGUCCGACCGACACAAAUGCGAGAUGCAGAGCAACUCUUGUUUGGUGUGUGAGAUGUCGCAACUCUUCCAGGAGUUCUACUCAGGCCAUCGGUCGCCGCACAUCCCCUUCCGUCUGCUUCAUCUGGUGUGGACCCACGCCCGUCACCUGGCCGGCUACGAGCAGCAGGACGCCCACGAGUUCCUCAUCGCAGCGCUGGAUGUCCUGCACAGACACUGCAAAGACGACAACGGGAAGAAAGCCAACAACCCCAACCACUGUAACUGCAUCAUCGACCAGAUCUUCACAGGGGGCCUGCAGUCUGACGUCACCUGUCAAGUCUGCCAUGGCGUGUCGACCACCAUAGACCCGUUCUGGGACAUCAGCCUGGACCUGCCGGGCUCCUCCACCCCGUUCUGGCCCCUCAGCCCCGGAGGAGACGGAUCGGCGCUCAACGGGGAGAGUCACACCACGGGAGCCACAACGCUCACCGACUGUCUGCGCCGGUUCACCCGGCCGGAGCACCUCGGCAGCAGCGCUAAGAUUAAGUGCAGCGGUUGCCACAGUUACCAAGAGUCCACCAAGCAGCUGACCAUGAAGAAGCUUCCCAUCGUGGCCUGCUUUCACCUCAAGAGGUUUGAGCAUUCAGCCAAACUGCGGCGGAAGAUCACAACGUACGUCUCCUUCCCCCUGGAGCUGGACAUGACCCCCUUCAUGGCCUCCAGUAAAGAGAGCCGGAUGAACGGGCAGUACCAGCAGACUGUGGACCCCUUCAACAAUGACAACAAGUACAGUCUGUUUGCAGUAGUGAAUCACCAGGGGACACUAGAGAGCGGCCAUUACACCACCUUCAUCCGGCAGCACAAGGACCAGUGGUUCAAAUGUGACGAUGCCAUCAUCACCAAGGCCAGCAUCAAAGACGUGCUGGACAGUGAGGGGUACCUUCUGUUUUACCACAAACAGUUUCUGGAGUACGAGUAGUUCCCUCCACCAGCGCAGCCUGCGGGAGGAGACGAGGGGUGAUGCACGGAGUAGUUGCAUGGGGGGGGGAAAGGUAAUGGGAGUGAUGAGAGGCAAGCCGACAUUUGAAAGAACUGCGUGCUGUGCAGGAUCGUGCAAAACUAAAUGCGAGACGUUUGAAGGGAGAGUUGUUCGCGCCCUGACAGGAUUUUGCAUAAAGUUUCACUUGAAUUGAAGAAAGCAGCCGUGAUGAUCUGCUGUAGGAAAGAAUCCGUCUGUACUUAUUUUAAAUCUCUACUUUGAUCACAAAUGCUGUUGUUCACCAUGUUUCAUGUUCGCACCGCUGCAGUCAGUAACUUCAGACACAAGUGGAGUCGCAGUCUUCCACCGAGGCUGCUUUUAGCUCAUCUUUUAUUUUUUCCGCUUUACCUAAACCUGGACACGUGCACACUUGUCUAACACGUGCACACUCCUCCAGAUGACCAAAUAUUUCAAGGAUGGAAGUCUUAUUAUGCAUAUUUGUUCUGAAUGCAUAGUGACAAACAGUGUUACUAACGUUGUAGAGAGUUAAAUCCUUUACCUUUCUGUAACGAGGACGCAAAGCAUCUGUUGUUUUCUGCCUCGUGCUGCUUCCAACUGUUAAUAUUAUAUUUUUAUACAUACUGUACUUACAUUGUUUGUUCACGGUUUCUCAUUCUCCCCGAACGCUCGUGUCGUUCUUCUGCGUUACAUUGUGCCGUCAAUCAUGGUGUUUCUUUUUGUACAAACAAAAACAAAAUAGUGAAGACGUUCAUGAAACUUGAUUUGUACAGAACACGUGGGAGGCAAGGGAGGAACGCGAGGGAGGCAAGGGAGGAGCACGUGAGAGGCGUGCGAGGAACGCGAGGGAGGCAAGGGAGGAGCACGUGAAAGGCGUGCGAGGGGCGAGCGAGGAACGCACGAGGGGCAAGCGAAGGGCGAGCGAAGGGCGAGCGAGGGGCGAGCGAGGAACGUGCCGGAGUUUUACCAGGUGGGACAUAAAGGCGGUUUUGCUCGUAUCAUUUUCUAAAUAAAUAUAUUGAUAUAUAUUUAUAUUUAUUUAUUUAAUUAUUUAUAAAUAUGUAUAUAU